ACCUUUGGCUAGUGCAUUAAAUGGCUAUUGUCUUUCUUCUUUCCUGGCAAGUGGCAACAAUAAAAAUAGUGAGACGGGGUUGCAUGGAAUAGCCUGUUGAUAUUAGAAUGAAAUUGGUAGUGGUCCUCACUCUCCCCAACCUGUCUCUAACUGUACUUAAUUACAUGGGCUAGCUCUUCUUGCUGUAUAUAUAGCUCGAAUUCUUUAUUAUUAUAUAUCGUAAUUGGAGAUCAAUCCUAAGUAUCUUCCAUAUAUAACCACACACUUCCCUGAUUUUCCUCACUACUGUUGAGUUUCAAAGAUUUCAACUUGCAACUGAUAACCAUGAGUUCUUGCUAUAUUUGCUGCUUCCUUUUCUUGAUUAUGCUAAUCAUUACAGGUUGGAAUCUUGGAAUUCAAUCAGAGUUUUUGCCUUCUUCUUAUGAUGAAAAUGAUAACCAGUCAACUACACUAACAAAAAAUUUACUACAAGAGUCAAACCUAAGUUACAGAAAGCUUCUUGUUCAUGUAACAGGUACUUGCACAAACAGAGAUAUAAGCAUCUCACAGAGUAGAGAUUCUACUGCAGGGAUUCCACAGUACAUAGUUCAGAUUGUAAACACCUGUAUUUCAGGUUGUGCUCCUUCUGAUAUUCAUCUCCAUUGUGGUUGGUUUGCUUCUGCAAGAAUGAUAAACCCAACAACCUUCAAAAGGCUCUCCUUUGAUGAUUGCUUAGUAAAUGGAGGGAAACCUUUGAAGAAUAGUCAAAUUAUCAGAUUCACCUAUUCAAACUCCUUCAUGUAUACACUUGCAUUUAAAUCUGCCAAUUUCUGCUAAUAAGCCUGAAACAAGAUUCCGUUCGCCAUAUAUAUACUAGCUAACUGCAUUUGAAAUCUAGUUAUGAAACCCAAAUCCAAGAUUAUCGAUCCCAAUUAAUUAGAAGCUCAAAACUCGAAGCUAACAUCCAUGAAGACGAACAAGAAACAAUGUUUGAUGUCAAUGUCUCAGCUUUUAGAUUUUUCACAUUAGCAGACACUAGUAGAUAGACCCUCUAACCUAAACUCCAUCUCGUGAAACUUCAAGACCAGGUUCUGGGUUUUCAUCUUUCAUUAUUCCGGAAUCUUUUAUAUUUUGGAAAAAAAUUAAAGUAAAAAAAAAAAAGCUACUGCUUCUAUAGCUGCAUGGCAUGGAAGGUCUGAAACUUGGAGCUCUUUUGUGGCAGCGCGUGUGCUCUCUUUUGUUUUGCUUGUAAAACACAAAUAUAUCAUCUAAAUUGUUUUAGACCUGAGAAAGAGAUAGAUAGGGAAAGAAGAAUGAGGGAUCAGCUUGCUGCUGUUUAUCAAUAGACUUUUAGCUUUGCCUACUAAGGAUUGGAGCAAUCCAGAGAGAGAUAGAGAACAGUGCUCGUCAGAGAAGCAGUAGUUGAAGAAGAAAAUUACAAAAAGUCACAACAACAGAGGAAGGAGAAAAACUGCAAAAGCUAGCUGGAAGUAGUUCUUUUUUCUUUCUUUUUUUUUUUUCUGAAAAAAAAUCCUUCCUUUCUCUGAUUUCUCAGUUUGAAUUGACAAAGGAGGUUGCAUGUUAGCAGCAAGGCUCAGUGCUCGAAAAACAAAAUUUGAGAAGAAAGAGAAUGAGAAACCCCUUAUUAGGGAAAUUUUGUUAUUGAGACGUAGUGGACUUGAAGACUGUUUUGCAUGCAAAUGGAAGGUUUGAAAUUGGUUUGUCUGAGUGGCUUAAUUUGGGUAUGAAUGAACAAAUAAGAAGGCCAAAUUUAAUUUUGUAAUCUUGUUCAUAAAUAGUAGAGAGUGGAGGAGGUCAAGAGAUUACUUUUUGAGUUUUAGACUUUAUAGUUUAUAUGCCCUUUGUUUUGUUUUGUCA